AUGGCUCCUAUCGCGAUCACCCCUGAGACCUCUCCUGAGCGUGGCUCCAACCUCAGAAAGUCUCUUUACCAAACCCGAUCCCACAGCAGCUCUAUUUCUUCCAUUGCCUCUAUUACUCUCAACGAUGGCAAUGUCAUUCCUCAGGUUGCCCUUGGUGUAUACAAGGCCCCUAACGGCCAGGAGACUGAGGAUGCCAUCACAGCUGCCCUCGACGCUGGAUACCGCCACAUUGACUCUGCUGCUCGAUAUGCCAACGAGGAGGCUUGCGGCCGUGCCAUCCGUCGUUGGAUGGAAAAGACUGGCACACCCCGUGAAGAGAUCUUUGUGUGCUCUAAGUUGUGGGACUCUGAUCACGGCUACGAAGCUACAUUCAACGCACUCUGCUCUUCCCUCGACAAGAUGGGUCUUGAAUACUUGGACCUGUAUCUGAUCCACUCUCCCGCUUCAGAUGAGCAGAAGCGUCUGGAAAGCUGGCGUGCCCUAGAGACAGCUCAGCGACUUGGCAAAGUCAAGUCAAUUGGCGUCUCCAACUUUGGCGCCGCCCAUAUCGAGAACCUCAUUGAGAACGCACGUGUGGUCCCCGCUGUCAACCAGGUUGAAGUCCAUCCUUUCUGCCAGCGCGAGGCUCUGGUUGAUCUCUGUGAUAGGUACGGUAUCAAGAUUGAGGCUUACUCCCCGCUGGCUCAGGGCAACAAGCUCGAAGAUCCUACCAUCAACGCCAUUGCCAAGAAGUACGGCAAAACUCCCGCUCAAAUUCUCCUCAACUGGAAUGCUGCUCGAGGAAAUGUUGUCUUACCCAAGAGCUUGACCCCAUCUCGCAUCGAGAGCAACCUUCAGAGCUUUGACUUUGACUUGUCUAAGGAAGACACUGAGACUAUCAACGCGCUCGGUACCGAGAAUUACGUCACUGGCUCCAUGCACAAGUCCAGCGACUAA